AUGGCAACCUUGUCCACCACGCUUCCAACUACGGGGCACACGCCAGCUAUCAUUGUGCCCGGCAAGCCCGAUACCCUUUCGAUAUCUUUCCAACAGCUCAACUCUCACGUCUUAACCUUCCAGAAAAAUCUUGCACACCUCGGCAUCGCCCCUCAAGCUGCCGUGUCAAUAGCUUUACCAAAUUCCUAUGAGUUCAUCGUCGCUUUUCUUGCCGCAUCCUGGCAGCGAGCGAUCGCCGCUCCUCUUAAUCCAGCUUACAAACAAGAAGAAUUCGAAUUCUAUAUCGAUGACCUCAGCUCUGCCGUCACUCUCGUUCCUCGGGGAUCCUUUUAUCAAGACGGACCCGCCGUGCGUGCAGCGCGAAAGUAUAAGGCUGCUGUUGCUGAAUGCUAUUGGAACGGUCAUGAGGUAGUGCUGGAAAUUAAAGAUUCGGGCAAGCUAUCAGGGAAAGAGGGUCAGGAAGUCCAAAAGGCGCAGCCAGAUGAUAUCGCGCUUGUUUUACACACAAGCGGUACCACUGGGAGACCGAAAGCUGUACCUUUGACUCAUCGGAACCUAACAAGGACAAUGAAAAACGUCCAAACCACCUACAAAUUGACCUCGAACGACCGGACGUUGUUGGUCAUGCCUCUCUUCCAUGUUCAUGGACUGCUCGCGGGUCUUCUAGCGCCACUUUUCUCCGGCGGAUCUGUUAUAGUGCCGUCGCGCUUUUCAGCCUCGGAGUUCUGGGACAAUUUCAUCACCUAUAAAGCCAAUUGGUAUACAGCUGUUCCAACGAUCCAUCAGAUUCUACUACGAAAUCCACCUCCGUCAAACAUGCCUGAGAUUCGUUUUAUUCGGUCAUGCUCGUCUCCUUUGUCUCCCAAGACUUUCUCCGAACUCGAAAGAGCUUUCAAUGCCCCAGUCUUAGAGGCUUACGCAAUGACCGAAGGUGCUCAUCAGAUGACAUCGAAUCCUCUGCCUCCAGCUAAAAGAUACCCGGGAAGCGUAGGUAUUGGCCAAGGCGUUGAGGUAAAGAUACUUAACGCCUUCGGGAGCGAGGUCCCCCAGGGUGGUGAGGCAGAAAUCUGCAUACGAGGCGAGAACGUGACGAAAGGAUACCUUAACAACCCCGAAGCAAACAAGACUUCGUUCACCCAAGAUGGCUUUUUCAGAACGGGCGAUCAAGGCAAGCAAGACGAAGAUGGGUACGUCAUUAUCACUGGUAGAAUCAAAGAACUCAUAAACAAGGGCGGUGAAAAAAUCAGCCCAGUCGAGCUCGAUAAUGUCGUGUCUCAGAAUCCAUCUGUGGCAGAAGCUGUCUGCUUUGCCAUCGCAGAUGAGAUGUACGGGCAAGACAUUGGUCUAGCGGUGGUGGUGAAAGAUGGAGAGAAGACGACUCCUGAGGAGCUCCGCAAAUGGAUCGCGACCAAAGUUGCUAAAUUUAAGGUCCCGAAACAGAUCUUCUUAACAGAUAACAUGCCCAAGACACCGACAGGAAAGGUUCAGCGUAGAAUGGUUGCGGAAGCCAUGCUUAAGCAGCAGAAGCCGAAAGCCAAGCUCUGA